AUGAAAAAGUGCAGAGGGGCUAAAAAAUCAUCUUUCUCUCUGGCUGGAGCUCCACUGGGGGUCUGGAAGAGGAUGGAGAGAGGAGGGGAGAGUCCCGUCACACAGGACAGUCCCGAGCGCAGAGGUGGCAGCCCGGACCUUGGUAGCCUGCCCCCACCUGGCAAGAAGGGCCGCACUGAACUCAAUGGCAGCCCUACAGGGCCCCGUCUACGGCAAAAUGGGGCGCUCCUAAGACCCCUUGGAGGUCUGAUGAUUCCCGUCUACUGUGUGGUGGAACAGGCGGAUGGAGGGAUCCAGGUGGACGGAUGUGACGGACGGGAGGAACACGCAGAGUUUGUUCUGGUGCGGAAGGACAUUCUCUUUUCCCAGCUGGUGGAGACAGCACUUCUGGCCCUCGGCUACUCGCACAGCUCAGCCGCACAAGCUCAUGGUAUCAUCAAGGUGGGGAGGUGGAACCCUCUGCCCAUCCACUUCCUGACGGACGCUCCGGAGGCGACGGUAGCCGACAUGCUCAUGGAGGUCUACCAUAUGGUCACUCUAAGAAUCCAACUGCAAAGUUUUUCCAAGCUUGAAGACCUCCCCUGUGAACAAUGGAACCACGCGACUGUCCGGAAUGCUCUCAAGGAGCUCCUCAAGGAAAUGAACCAAAGCACUCUAGCUAAAGAGUGUCCUCUGUCACAGAGUAUGAUCUCGUCCAUCGUGAACAGCUCCUACUAUGCCAACGUUUCCACCGCUAAAUGCCAGGAGUUUGGUCGCUGGUACAAGAAGUACAAGAAAAUCAAAGUGGAUUAUUUGGAGAAGAUGUGGUCAGGACGAGAUCCCGCUGACAUCAAAAUUGAACGGGACAACAUGGCUGACUUCUGCAUGCUGGGCCAGAGACCGCCUCCUCACUUGGCUGGCCUGGCGCAGCUCGGUCAUCUUGGCGGCAGCCCCCUUUUGAAAGCGGGAUCUGGAGAAUCGCAGGCACCGUCGCAGCCUCCUCAGCAACCUCCUCACCCACAGCAACAGCCUUCACCCCACGGCCCCCUCCACCACAGCCCCCCUCUCCAUACGGGCCAGGUGCCCGCGCCACCACCACCCCACCCGCCUGGCGCCCUCCAACCCCUGCUGGGCCCAGGUGGGCUGCUCUCACCUCAACUCUCCCCCCAGCUGGUGCGCCAGCAGCUCGCCAUGGCCCACCUUAUCAACCAGCAGAUAGCCGUCAGCCGGUUGCUGGCACAUCAGCACCCGCAAGCCAUCAACCAACAGUUUCUCAACCACCCGCCCAUUCCACGUGGACCCUCCAAAGUCGGCGGCGACCAUCCAGGAAGCAAUCCCUCAGCCUCUGAGGUUUCCUCUGAAAUCUACCAGCAGGUUCGAGAUGAGUUGAAGAGAGCCAGCGUAUCCCAGGCCGUGUUUGCCCGAGUCGCCUUCAAUCGCACUCAAGGACUGCUGUCUGAGAUCCUGAGGAAGGAGGAAGACCCACGUACAGCCUCUCAGUCACUGCUGGUCAACCUGAAGGCCAUGCAGAACUUCCUCAACCUGCCCGAGGGUGAGCGUGACCGCAUCUACCAAGAGGAGAGGGAGCGCACCAUGAACCCUACUGUGGGCCUUCCUCCCUCUAACUCGUCCAAUCCUGGCACACCACGCCUCUCGCAGAAAGUGUGGGAGAGGAGCUUGGAUGAGCAGAUAACACCUGAUACGUGGGCCUCCAUUUGGAAGAACAAGAAUAAGAUAGCCAACUCGCCAAAGCCAACAGGCCCUGUGCCUGACCUACCCAUCAAGUUGGAAUCGCUGGUUAACAUCACAUCAGGGAUCUAUGACGAAAUCCAGCAGGAGAUGAAGCGAGCAAAGGUUUCCCAAGCGCUGUUUGCCAAAGUGGCUGCCAACAAGAGUCAGGGUUGGCUGUGCGAGCUGCUCCGCUGGAAAGAAAACCCCAGCCCGGAGAACCGAACCCUGUGGGAGAACCUGUGCACCAUCCGGCGGUUCCUGGCGCUUCCGCAGACCGACCGGGACCUGGCAUAUGAGGAAGAGUCUCGGCACCAUCACAGCGAGAGGCUACACACUGUCCUUCACCUUCCACAAGACACACAGCUCUUUUGCCUUUCUCGACAGGCACUCCACAGACCACCCCCAACCCAGAUGAAGGAGCACCGUUCAUCACCCAUGCGAGAGGAGCUUUUAUCGGCCCCUGUUAACGAGGAGGGCACGCAGACUGUGGUAACGGCUGCAGGAGGUGCACAGAGCAACACUGGUAGCUCUGGCAACAGCAAGAAGCCCAGAUUGCGCACAAAGAUCUCUCUGGAGGCACUCGGCAUACUGCAAAGCUUCAUCCAGGAUGUUGGCCUGUAUCCAGACCAAGAGGCCAUCCACACCUUGUCGGCACAGCUAGACCUGCCCAAGCACACCAUCAUCAAAUUCUUCCAGAACCAGCGGUAUCACGUCAAGCAUCACGGCCGCCUCAAAGAGCUUAGUGAGGGAGCCACCGCCAGCGGAGGCGUGGAUGUCAGCGAAUAUCGCGAGGAGGAGUUGCUCUCGGGUUCCGAAGAUCCAGAGUCCAGCGAGGAUGGGGCGGAGGAAAUCUACCAGUCUGAAGCGAGUGGUGCUGGGAGCACAGCAGGACUAAGCCAGCCUCAGGCUUCUUCCAACUCUAGCCAGGGGAACUCUGGGAACAACUUGGCCCAGGAGGAGGGCAAGGACAAGGGUCUCUCCCGAACAAGUGGCCCUCUGGCUCCAGGAAGCGCCUCAUCUAGCCCACGAGAGCAGCCUGACUACCAGAGGUAG